CCUACUCUUCCUCGUUGCACUUAGACUGUGUUGUGUUUUUUGUUUUCCCCCCCCUGGCACCACAUCCAUCUCCGUCUCGAUUCUCGCACUCCGCGUCCCUGCAUCUGUGUCGGCUGACGGUCUCUCCUUGUUGCCGUCUUCGCUGCGUUCCCAUCCAUCUAGUUCGCGCCCAAUUUGGUGGCCAUUUGCGCUCUCUCCACGCUGUUUUCGUAUCCGACAAUACCCUCGGUCGCGUCUGUUACGUGUUUUCUACGUUCUCCAUCUCGGAGGGUAGUGUUUGCCACUUUGCAUUCGUGUUUCGGUGCUGCUGUUGCUGUGGGAAGGUUUUUGUUGUCGUGAAACGGCCGUGCGUCGUAAUUGUACUUGUGAUCGUGCGUUUGUUCGGUUAUAGUUUCGCCUUUUUGGGCAGUUCAAGUUGGACUUGAGCUUAAAACGAAAAAAAAUUACGUUCUCGCUUCGUUUUCAUUUAGGGUUCCUCGUUAGCUACACGCCGGUGCGUCUUUGGUCUGUGUGCUCUUAAAGGUAAUUGUCUCCGUUUCUGCAAUGGCUGCCGCCGAUUCCGCCCCAGCGGUUGACCCUGCCCCUGCAUCCGAGCCGGUGGAGGAAACCAAGGUGGAUGAGAAGCCUGUGAAGGUGACUAGAGAGAAAAAGGCCAAGGCUCCCCUGGUGAAGAAAACGAAAGAGGUGAAGGCACCGAAGCCUCCCAAGGCGCCUGCAUCACACCCAUCAUACCUCUUGAUGGUGGUGGAGGCUAUCGGUGCAUUAAAAGAGCGUACUGGGUCUAGCCAGUACGCUAUUGCGAAAUAUUUGGAAGACAAGUAUAAGACAGGCCUUCCUCCCAACUUCAAGAAGACAUUGACCAUCCAGUUGCGAAAUUUGACAAAAUCCGGCAAGCUGGUGAAGGUGAAGAACUCGUUCAAACUUUCAGACGAGAUAAAGAAGCCCGCUAAGGCUGCGGCGAAGCCGUCUAGCGCUUCGAAAGCUCCCGCGAAGGUACCAGCGAAGGCAAAAGUUGCCAAGAAACCUGCGGCAGGUCGUGUGAAAACCAAAACCGCUGGGGGAGCUGCUGCUAAGCCCAAGGCCGCAAGUGCAAAGCCCGCUAAGAUGUCAAAGGCGCCGAAGCCAGAUGCGACGCCAACCAAAGUUGCCAAGCCGAAGGCUACUACCCGCAAAGCUGCUGCGCCAGCACCGAAGAAGGCCGAAACCAAGUCAUCUGCUACUGCAAAGAAGGCUGUAGCGGUUUCAGCACCUGCGAAGAAGCCCGUAACAGGACGAAAGCCCCCGACUGUGAGGAAGAUGACUACUCCGAAGAAGGCCCCGAAGUCGGUGAAGACCACGAAAUCGUCCAAGGUCACGAAACCCGCAGCCAAGCAAAAGACGUCCAAAGCUGCUGCGUCGCCUGCUAAGAAAGCAAAGAAGUGAGUUCCUUGUUUUUUUCUUCUUACCGCAACCAAACUGGUGUUUUUAAACACCACCAUCCAGCGGGAAUGCUCAAUUCCUUACAUACCAGCACGCGAUGCAUAAUUCAAUGCGUGAUUGGUGACACAUUUGGCUGCAUUGUCUUGCUUCAAUCCUAUGUUUUCUCUAGUGCGUCGAUGAUGCUUUAUGAUUACAUCGAAUAGCGGCAUUGAAAUAUGAGUGAAAACCAAUUGAGUUAUUUCGGUGGCAACUGCCGGUGGCGGUUUUGCAAAGCUCGGGAUCAUGCAUACGCAUUCUACAUGAAUUGUUAUUCCCGGAUGGCUUGAUGAGUGGUCUAGGCAUUGCUAGACUGGUGUCAAUCUGCUCGCGGGAGGCUGACGAGGUAAAUUCUCGGUGAAAUCUGGUUGCAAUGUACGAGACGCUGACGAAGCAUCCUUCUCGGACCGGGCUCCGCCACAUCACACGAGUGUCCAUCACGAAGCCCCUAAUAACUCUCGGCCUCCGGCCACCCGAAGAGCCUCGUUCUGGCAUCUCGCACGCUUGCUUGUGCAUCAUUGCGUGUACUAGACGCAAUACGUCGACUCCUAGCACAUCCUCCACGUAUUGUCGGAGGAGUGGCGGUGUUCACAGGCUGGUGACGAAGCGGAGGUGGGCGAAGUACGCGUUCGAGCUCUAUCGAGGCAGUCCGCAGUGCGCGCUGCUCACUCUCCACAUCACGCAACUCUAAGUUCCCCGCCAACGCGCCCCGAGACGCGCGCUUUUGCAGACCUGACCAAUCAUGCUCAGGCCUAAUUCACGUCGAAUCUCAGUGCGCAACCCUUGGAGCUACUGCUACUGCUGGAGUGAGCACUGACCCCAGGAUCCGACCACGUCUCUUCGUCCAAGAGCUCCAAUCACCCGAGCAACAAAGCAUUUUGCAAAACCACGGCCGAGCGUUCAGCGCACACACACACGCGGCGAGGAGCUGAACAACGGCAUGCGACAACUGAAGAAUGAGACUCGGACCAUUCCGCGGCGUAAUUGCAGGCAGUUAUUACCUCCACGACUACUACUCGUUCCGGAAUUCCGUCGUCGAUGGCGUAAUGUGCACCUGUGUGCCGGAAUGACGUUGCCUCGUCAAUUUCUCAUUCUUCAUUCAUUGCCUUGACCCAUUGCGACCCUCAUUCAUCCAUGUCGGAUGUGUGCCGGAGUGUUGUGCCGGAGCGAAUGUAGUCUGUUGAAGCACUGGAUGUGGAUGGUUUUCGUCCGUUUGUAGCGGACUUAAAUUUGUUAAUUAGAACGAUGAUUAGGGGA